AUGGACACAGGCUCUAAUUCUCGUCCGUCGGCUAUUGCAGUAGAUGACUUCAAUGGAGAUACUCAGCUAGAUAUUGCUGUAGCGUACGCGGGAACCCAUACUACUGAAAUUUGGCUCGGAAAUGGCAACAGAUCAUAUCAGCGACAAUCAACUGGUGCAUUUACUUUUAAUUCUUCUGUUAUCGCUAUGAUUUCUGGUGAUCUUAAUAAUGAUCGACAGUCUGAAAUUAUUAUUGCAUAUCAGAAGAGCGAUUAUGUGAAUAUCCUUGCUGCAUUUCGUUCUCCCUCGUUUGUUCGUCAAGAUACUCCUCCGCUUGGCUUUCCGGUAUCAUCUGUAGAUGUUGGUGAUUUCAAUAAUGACAGCCAACUGGACAUAGUUGUCACGAACUUGCGAAGUAGCGCUGUGGAAGUCCUUCUUGGAUAUGGUAACGGCUCUUUUUCAAAUCAAACAAAGUACUUGGUUGGUUCUCGUCCAUAUUCUGUAGCUGUUGGUGACUUCAAUAACGACAACCAAUUGGACAUCGUUGUUGCGAACUCGAAUAAUUCUACUGUGAGUAUCCUUCUUGGAUAUGGUAACGGCUCUUUUUCAAAUCAAACACAGUACUUGGUUGGUUCUGUUCCAUAUUCUGUAGCUGUUGGUGAUUUCAACAACGACAAUCAACUGGACAUCGUUGUUGCGAACCGGGAUACUAGUGAUGUAAGUGUUCUUCUUGGAUAUGGUAACGGCUCUUUUUCAAAUCAAACACAAUACUCGGUUGGUUCUGCUCCAGAUGAUGAGCCGUGUUGGUCUCGACAUGAAUCGACAAUAGCUGCAGGUUCAUUUGGCAUCUUCAUAACUAUAGCAGUGAUUAUUAGCACUCUAAUGAUUUGUUUCCAUUCGCCGAAAGCGAGUGUUAAAGAAUGCCAAUUUAAGUUUGCAGCAACACGUAAAAAUCCGAUCGACUACAAUCGUGGUCCACGAUCUGUUGCCAUCGGCUAUUUCAAUAACGACACAUGGUUAGAUUUUGUUAUUGUUGAUAGUAUCGUUAACACAAUAAGCAUCUUUAUUGGGCACAGUGACGGUACGUUUUCGUAUUUAAUCGAGUAUACAACUGGCGACGGCUCUACUCCUAAUAUGGUUGUUGUUGUUGACUUCAACAAUGAUAAUGUAUCGGACAUUGCAGUGGCAAAUUUCGGUGUUAAUAACAUCGGUAUAUUUUUCGGAUGGGGAAAUGGAACAUUUGAUAAACAAAUUACAACUUCAACUGGCUCGUCUCAUCCCAAAUCAAUUUAUUUCGCUGACUUGAAUAAUGAUACGCUACUUGAUAUUGUGAUCGUCAAUUACGGAACUCACAGUGUUACUGUGAUGUACGGAGAUGGAUAUGGAAAAUUUUUGAAUCCUACAAACUAUUCCACAGGUUACGAUUCUUUUCCAUCGUCACUAGUCAUCGCAGAUUUAAACAAUGACAAUAAUAUAGAUCUCACCGUUGCUAACUGCGGCACUCACAAUGUUCUUAUUUGGUAUGGAAGUAAAAACGGCACUUUUUCAAAUCAAAAGAUUAUUUCAACUGGAAUACAUUCAUGCCCACAGUCAAUCGUCGUUGGUUAUUUCAAUAAUGACACUCUACUCGACAUUGCUGUUGCUCUUUAUGGGAUGAAGCAAAUAGGCAUCUUUAUAAAUAAAGGAAAUGGUACUUUUACAAACAAAGUUCCCUACUCUACUGACAACAAUGCUCCAUAUACGAUUGAUGUUGCUGAUUUUAAUCAAGACAAUCGAAUUGAUUUGGUUAUUACUAAUAAUGGCAGUAAAAAUAUGGGCGUGUUUCUGGGUUAUGGAGACGGUACCUUUGAAAAAAAUCCACUGAUGUACUCUACAGGUGCUACUUCAACCAUAUCACAUACUCUAGGAGACUUCAACAAAGAUCGCCAGAUUGAUAUUAUUCUUCUCAACAACGACACUCGUAGUGUAGAUAUUCUGCUUGGUUCUUUUGAAGGUUUUGAAACUUUUGCAAGCCGUAAAAUUGACUUUUCUCCAUAUUCUGCAGCCGUUGGUGAUUUCAACAACGACAAACAACUGGAUGUCGUUGUUACGAGCUCGAAUCUAAAUUAUGUGAAUGUCCUUCUUGGAUAUGGCAACGGCUCUUUUUCAAAUCAAACAAAAUACUCGGUUGAUUCUAGUUCAGAUUCUGUAGCUGUUGGUGAUUUCAACAACGACAACCAACUGGACAUCGUUGUUGCGAACCGGGGUACUAGUGAUGUAAGUGUUCUUCUUGGAUAUGGUAACGGCUCUUUUUCAAAUCAAACACAAUACUCGGUUGGUUCUGCUCCAGAUCGUGUUUCGCAAAAAUACUUCAUCAUUGUUAAAGCUAAAGGAAACAGAAUAUUAAUAAAUCGUCGUAUUUUAGAAGAUCAACAAACGGGGAAGCUUGAUGGAAGAGUAGCGAUUGUGACAGGCUCAUCCAAAGGUAUUGGUGCCGGUAUUGCCAAGCAUCUUGCACUUGCAGGGGCAUUUGUCGUCGUGAAUUAUCGUUCGAGUAAAGAAGACGCUGAUCGAGUUGUCAGUGACAUUGCUAGCAAAGGAGGUAAAGCAAUUGCAGUGCAAGCCGAUGUAACCAAAGAGGAAGACAUUCAACGUCUUUUCAUUACGGCCAAAAGAACUUAUGGUAAACUUGAUAUUUUGGUCAAUAACGCGGGCGUCUACGAAUUUCGAUCGAUCGAAAAUGUUACAAUUGAGCAUUAUCAUAAACACUUCAACCUCAAUGUGCUUGGUCUUAUCCUUUGCUGUAGAGAAGCUUUAAAAUAUUUUGGUACUGAUACUAACGGCACAAUUAUCAAUAUUGCCUCGGUUGUAAGUGCAUCACCAGCUCCACAGCUCUCUGUUUACAGUGCAACCAAAGCAGCUGUGGAUGCAGUAACAGUAGCUCUUGCAAGAGAAUUGGGUUCGCGCAAAAUACGAGUUAAUUCUAUCAGACCCGGCACGACUAUCACAGAAGGGACUCGUGCAGCUGGACUUAUUGGUAGUACUUUUGAAGCACAAAUCAUCUCCAAAACACCACUCGGUCGUCUUGCCCUGCCGGAUGAUAUUGCACGUGUUGCUGUUUUCUUGGCAUCAGAUGACUCUGCGUGGGUCUCAGGGGAAUCUUUAAGAGUAUCAGGUGGCUCAGUUGAUUGA